UCGGCCCUCCCACCAUGUCGUUGUAGGCUCGGGUCAGCCACGCUCGCCUAGUUGUAGUGGGCACUGUUCUUGGACAAAGAGGUUAGAGGACCACUCCGGGUGAGUGACCGCAUCGGGCCUGGCUCGGUGCAGCGGGCUCGAGAGCUGGUGCCCUGCAGAUCGCCAGGGCUGGUAGAGGAGGCCCCACCACGGUCUCUGGCCUCCAGUUGCUUUGCUCCCGGGCACGUUCUGUGUUGGGUACCUGAGGUGCUUUGGGGGCGGCUGUUCUGUGGGCAUCAACAAGACGUGGACUGCCCUUCCCUGGGUAUCCUCCCGUUUCCUGGACAGGCGCGAUCGACGGUCAGAGACUGCUGGAGUCAUUCAGUUCACAUCUGUCUUCCCUGUGGGAUUUUAUUUAUCUUAAAUUUGGUUCAAGACUUUUAAAGAAACCCGUGGUCUGUUGAGACAUGCUUGUGUGGUAAUAUUCAGCUGGCUACAUUAAACAGAAGAAACAUGCAACUCCAGGGCCUGGUGGUCCGUUUCGUCAUUGGGAUCCUGCUUUCCUGGGGGUCCACGAGCACAGUAUCAGCUUUGGACCCUGAAGUAAACAUGAACGUGACUGAGAUAAUCAUGCACUGGGGAUAUGUCGGUGAGGAACACUCAGUCCAGACAAGAGAUGGCUUUAUUCUGGCUAUUCACCGAAUCCCUCAUGGGCGGAAGAACCAUUUUGACAAAGGUCCCAAGCCAGUUGUGUAUCUUCAGCAUGGUUUCCUGGCAGAUUCUAGUAACUGGGUCACCAACAUUGACAACAACAGCCUGGGCUUCCUCCUGGCGGAUGCUGGCUUUGAUGUGUGGAUGGGAAAUAGCAGAGGAAACACCUGGUCUCGGAAGCACAAGACUCUUUCAGUUUCUCAGGAUGAAUUCUGGGCCUUCAGUUUUGAUGAGAUGGCAAAAUAUGACCUACCUGCUUCAAUUGACUACGUUUUGAAUAAAACUGGCCAAGAACAACUCUAUUAUGUUGGUCAUUCUCAAGGAAGCACCAUAGGUUUCAUAGCCUUUUUACAGAUGCCCGAGCUGGCAAAGAAGAUUAAAAUGUUUUUUGCCUUGGCUCCUGUGUUGUCUCUCAAUUUCGCUUCCGGCCCGGUAGUCCGUUUGGCACGGUUGCCAGAGCUUCUUUUUGAGGACAUGUUUGGACAGAAGCAGUUUCUUCCUCAGAGCGCAGUGGUGAAAUGGCUGAGUACCCACGUUUGCACUCACGUCAUCAUGAAGGAGCUUUGCGCAAAUAUCUUCUUUCUGAUAUGUGGCUUCAAUGAGAAGAAUUUAAAUAUGUCUAGAGUGGAUGUGUACACAACACACUGUCCUGCAGGAUCUUCUGUGCAAAACCUGUUACACUGGAGUCAGGUUGUUAAAUACCAUAAGCUUCAAGCUUUUGACUGGGGAAGCAGAGACAAGAAUUAUUUUCAUUACAACCAGAGUUAUCCUCCCGUGUACAACAUAAAAGACAUGCGGGUACCCACCGCCUUGUGGAGCGGGGGCCGGGACUGGCUGGCAGACAUCCGCGACAUCAAUAUCAUACUGACUGAAAUCCCCAAGUUGGUGUACCACAAGCUCAUUCCUGAGUGGGACCAUCUGGAUUUUAUUUGGGGUUUGGAUGCCCCCUGGAGGAUGUAUAAUGAAGUGAUCAGUCUAAUGAAGAAAUACCAGUGAACGCCAGACUUGAGAUGCUUCCUCUUCAGCAGGGGAACAAAACCAGUUGUUUGCUUGAUUUCUGUAAAAUACUUGCGUUUCCCUUGUCUAGAUCAUUCGUAUUUUUAUGUGCAAGAAGAUGAUGACGUCAAAAGUGUACAUUGCUCUCUGGUUAAUAAGAAGCACGCUAGCUGUCUUGUGCUUCAUGGUGACUGACAAGCCAGCAUCACAACCAGUGAUGUCUUGUAAGUAUUUAGAAAGUAUGGAUGUUACGUGGAAAAGUCGUUGUAAUCCUUGUGUUUACCUUUUGGGGUUGUUUUCAGUGCAUGUGUGUUGUGCAUAUACAUGCAUUAGUGUGUGCUGUGUGCUGGCCAAACCUUCCUGGUGUGGAGGUAAGACAUCAGGGUGUCUUCCUCAGUCACGUCCCAUUCUACUUUUUGAGACAGAGUCUCUUGCUGAACCGGGAGCCUGACAUUUCAGUUAGACUAGCUGGCCAGUGAGCCUCCAGGAUCUUCCUGUCUCUACCCGGCCCCUCCCCCAUGCUGCGGAAUGUGAUAUCCCACCCAGCAUGUUCACACUGAUUCUAGGAACUCAGGUUCUCAUGCUUGUGUGCAAGCUCUUGAUUCACCAAAUCAAUGCCUCAAACCCUUGGUAAUUGAAAGUUGCUUUUCUAUUCCCACCCAACACAAGGGAACACAUACAGGACAUUUCACGCUAUUGUUUGUUAGCAGAAAUACAUCUGCCAGUGACUUGAACACACUAUGAAAAGCUCCUUGCUCUGAGCUUGACACAGCAGCACAAACCUGCAGUCUAGGCUCUCCGGAGGUUGAGAGAGGAAGACUGCUGUUAGAUUUAGGGUUCAUCUAGAGAGUGAGACUUUGUCUCUAGAAAACCAAAGACAGAGGAGAAAAAACACAAAAUACUCAGUUCUCAUCUCUUUGCCUUAGAGGGCUUUCCAGCCCAGAAUUCCUGUGCUCACCUACCCAAACAACAUUUUAUGUUUUUAUGUACUAGUUACCUAGUGAAAUUCAGUGUUAUCUCAGCUUCUCCAGGAGUAAAAAUAUUCUCUCUUCAGUUUAAUCAGAUCUCAAUAACAAAAUUUUUCAGGCCAACCCCCCCCCCCCAAAAAAAAAAAACCCAUAGACUCUUGAAAAGCAGUCUGCACUGAUUAAAAACAAAAAUAAAGCAAAAACUUGAAGAAGAUGAAUACAAUGAGCUGUGUUGGUUCUGCAUGUGUAGUCUGGUCACUUUUCUGUGGAGGGACAAAUCACUAAUUUGUCAGAGGGGAAUGUAGCUGCCAUGGCGGUGCCUUCAUGAGGCCAAAGCUGCUUGCCCAUGGCAAGCGUUCCAAUUCCUGGUCACACAAGUGAUGUUUUCAGACAGAGUUCAGCUCAGGAGUUUCGCUUUGAGAACCAGUGUUACAUGUACAAUAUUUUACUAAGCUUGCUUUGCGCCUGUGUACUGGAAGUUCUCAUCUGUUCACUUGACUCGCUGGUGAUGGCCAUCGCCAGCUGGACAGUUGAUAAGUUUUCUGACCUAGUCACCGCAGGUGCAGGAAUAUUAUUACCUGAUAUCGGCUCAAACAUGCAGGCAGAAUGAAUGAUACAUCUUUGUAACAUUUUAAAGGUUCAUAUUUAAACGUUUCAAUAAACCUCAGCCUCCCAGGCCUGAA